GAAACCGCAUCACGCACACUUCGUUCUUCCACCAGUGGGGACACUGUGGGAAAACAAGCCGAGACAAAAGAGUGGACAUCUGCUGGGACCCGGGUGUGGAUUAAAUAUGUGGAGUUAUGACGAGUGGUGAAAUUAGACACACGUGAGACCCACGGCGGGUGGCGUGGAGGUGAAAGUCUGGGGGAUUAUUUCUUAUGCAGCCUGACAGCGGAGGCACACGGCGGUGGGAGGGGCUGUGAGGUGUUCAAGAUGGCGGCGCCCUGUGGAGUGCAGCUCCUCUAGCAGAGGUGCCUGGAGACUGUAUUGGAGGGUGGGUCCAGGAGUUCUCCAGGCAGGCGGGGACGGACACAGCGAGAGAGACGCCGCUGCCUCCACCUCCUGCACCACCACCACCACCACCAUGGCCAGGGAGCAGCCCAACGUGGGGGACCUCCUCCCACUCCUGGAGACCUCUGACCGCCACCAGCUGGAGGAGAUCAGAGGCCUCAUCAAUGAGCAGCUCAGCACAGAGCGAGGGUCGAUGUUGCUGAACAGCCUGGUCGACUACUUUCUGGAAACAAACUCUGCACAGGCCGUGAAUAUCCUCUCCUCAGUCAGAGAGCCACACGAUAAGCACCUUCUGGACAGGAUGAACGAGUGUAUGACCAAACAAGCCUGUCGACUGCCCACUCUCACCCUGCUCGGCCAUGUGAUCCGCAAGCAGCCGUCCUGGAUCCACAAGAUCGCCCGGUACCCUCUGCUGCUCUCGCUGCUCAAAUGCCUCAAGACUGAUACAGAUGUGGUGGUGCUGAUAACUGGCGUGCUGGUGCUGAUCACCCUGUUACCCAUGAUCCCUCAAGCCGGGAAACAACACCUGUGGGAGUAUUUUGACAUCUUCGGCCGCCUGGCUUCCUGGAACCUUAAAAACCCUGGACACGUCUCAGAGGUUUAUCUGAUCCAUCUGCACGCCAGCGUCUACUCACUCUUCCACCGCCUCUACGGCAUGUACCCGUGCAACUUUGUGUCCUACCUGCGAUCCCACUACAGCAUGAAGGAGAACAUGGAGACGUUUGAGGAGGUGGUGAAGCCGAUGCUUGAACAUGUGCGUUUACACCCUGAACUGGUGACGGGAACCAAGGACCACGAGCUGGAUCACACCAGGUGGAAAAAGUAUGAAAUCCACGAUAUCGUCAUUGAAUGUGCCAAAGUUUCUCUGGACCCUAAAGAGGCCUCCUGUGAGGAGGGCUACGCCACCAUGCCUGAGAGCUUUUACCCCCAUAUCCACAUGCGACCACAGGACUGCACCUCCAGCCCUUACACUGACCUUCACAGCAGCUACGGAAGCUCUUCUUCAACCCCGUUCUCCACUCCUCGGCAGCCGCUGGCCCCUCCCCUGUCCUUGCCCCCUUUCUCAGGGACACAGUCCUCGCACCGCAGUCCCCAGACCUCCAGACGCCAGAACUCCACCUGUGAACUCAACUCCUCCUGCGGGGGGAAGGACCCUCUGUGGAGCCCCUCCUCUUUGUGUGGCAUGGCCACGCCCCCUUCCUCCAGGGGCAUGUCACCCAACUUGGAGCUGUCACACAGUGCCUCACACCUGCCCAGCCGCUUCCACUGCACAUCAGGAGGGAAAGGAACGCCGGCCUCCAGCACUCCAGCCACGUCCUCCCCACCACCCACUCUGUCAGAUGACUUCCCCAUAAUCUCAUUACCAACCAACACAGUCCAGUCCAGUCCACCAAGGAAGGAUCGUCGACAUGCAGAAGGUGGAAAACCUGUGCUGGUGAGACAGGAGCCGGUGAAGGACGUGGAGAAAAGUGCAGAAAUAUCAGCCAACAGAGAUUCAGGAGCUGCUGAGAACGUCUCCAUGACUUUGACCGAGCUGUCGGUCUUCAUGAAGAAACAGGAGCUGGAGCUUCAGCUGAGAACAGAGAAGGAGAAGGAAGAGGCCGCCUUCACAGAGGAGCUGCUGAAGAUCACUGAAGAGAAGCAGGAGCUGCCGAGUCUGAGGGACUUCGACUCCCCGUUCUUUCACACCACCGAGACUCUGACCGGCUACCAGGCGCAAGACAAGACGCACUCCAGCCUCCAGGCCGGAGGCUCGGUCAGAGACGCCCACCGCGUCAGCUCAACACCAGACAAAGCAGAGAACACGGUGAACAGCAGCGGAGGAGGAGGAGACAGCAGGAGCUCGGCCCUCGGUCUGGAGCAGUCCUGGUCCUUCCAGUCCUGUUUCACGCCCAUAGAUCACCACCUGCACCGCAGCCCCUCCGCACUGGACGACGAAGUGGCCAAACUGGGGAUGUUCUCCCCGAGCCCGCGCAGCAAGACCCCGGCGCCCAUACCCUACGAGUCCUUCUUCGACCUGGCUCUGCCCAGAGCGGCGUCGCUCUUCGUGGGACAGAAGACGACGGAGGCGGUGCACAAAGCGGCGCUGGAGAAGCUGCUGCAGAGGGAGGAGGGGCUGGAGGACGGGGAGGAGGAGGAGGGUGUCGUGUCUGCGUCACCACUGGAGGUGCUGGAUCGCCUAGUUCAGCAGGGGAGCGACGUCCACGACAAAGUUCUGAAGAGAUUACCUUUGCCAAGUAAGUCCGCUGACUGGACGCACUUUGGAGGCUCGGCUCCGCUGGACGAGCUUCACACGCUGCGCAGUCAGCUGCUCCUGCUGCACAACCAGCUGCUGUACGAGCGAUACAAGAGGGAGCAGCACGCCGUCCGCAACCGACGCCUCCUCCGACGCAUCAUCAACGCCACCGCGCUGGAGGAGCAGAACAAUGCCAUGAAGGGCCAGCUGAACCUGCAGAGUGUGGACAUUUUGUCUCUGAGGGAGAGUCUGCAGGUGGAGCAGCAGAGAUACCGGCAGCUGUGGGAGGACAGAGAGACAGUGGUGACCAGGCUGCACAGUCAGAUCAGACAGCUGCAGCAGGGCCGAGACGACUACUACACCAAGAACCAGGAGCUGCAGAGUAAACUGCAGGAGUGUCAGAAAACGAUGGAUGAACUGGAGGCGGAGCUUCAGAGAGCCAAUAACAAAGUGUGUCACACUGGUCACCUCCUCAACCAGAUGACCAUCAAGCUGAGCAACAGUGAGAGCACACAGCAGCAGAUGAGCUUCCUGAACAAGCAGCUGCUGCUCCUCGGGGAGGCACAUAAGCUGUCCAUGCAGGAGUUACACCACAGCUCCACCGAUAAUACAAAGGAGACGCAGAUGCUGCAGGUGUCUCAUGUGAAGGAGGUGGAGACGCUGAGGCAGAGUCUUCUGCUCCAGGGUCAGAAGCUGGAGGCAGCGCAGCAGAGAGUGUCAGAGCUGGAGACCCACCUCUCCAAGAAGGAACACCUCAUCGCAGAGCAGAAGAAGUUCCUGGAGGAUGUCAAGUGUCAGGCUAAGGCGGAGCUUCAGGCGUCAGACAACAGGUACCAGGCUCAGAGAAGAGUCACUCAGCUGCUGCAGACUGAACUCCUGCAGCUCUACAGUCGCGUAGAGAUCGAAGCUCCUGCCAGCAAUGCUGCCAGCUCACCACCAGGGGGCAGAGCUGACCCACACGCCCCUGCUGACUCCAGCAGUGUCCCGGUGCCAGAUGGACCCAGUAAAAGUCACAGGAAUGAGGCGGCGGCAGCGGCCAGUAGAUCACCACACGACUCCCCUCGUGGCAACGGCAGCACUUUAUCGCCAGGGCAACCAAAGGCGAGCAACUCUUCCAAGUCAUCAGCCAACGCUGUCAACGGCAGCCAGGACCUGGCUCCUCCUCUGCUGGUGGAGCCGCUGCUGUCCUGUCCCCACAUGAGCCCGCUGGCACCGCUGCCACCCGUCGACACACCGCUCACCGUGGGCUCUUACCCCAGCGCCAAGAGCUUCCUGGGCAUGAGAGCGCGCGAGCUGUUCCGCAACAAGAGCGAGAGCCAGUGCGACGACGACGAGGAGGAGAAGCCGCCGCCACCGCUCCUCGCCGGCCUCGCUCACACUCUGAAGACUGAGCUGUGUGUGGAGCAGCCCGGCCCGGGCUACACCGGCCCUGUAAGCCCCGCCCCUUCCCUCGCUCCCACUCCUCCCCCCGCCUCGGUUCCCGCCGCUCCUCUCACUGUGUCCACUAAGCAGCCGCCAUCAGAACCACAGCGGCAGCAGCAGAGAGGGUCCAACCAGGAGAGUCCCCGCAGGAAGGCGGGCGCCGGAGGGCGGGGUCAGGCAGUGGCGGGUCGCCCCCGGCAACAGCAUCUUAAGAUCAUGGACUAUAACGAGACACAUCACGAGCACAGUUAAGAGACACAGACGUGAGUGUGGAAGUGGACAGACUUGUAAUAAUGGAGGAGAGCUACAAAAUCAGCAGAGUAACAUUUGUGCUAUUCUGAAAAAUUCAGUGUUAUUUGAUCCAUUCCUCAGAGUGGACAACAGGAUUUCACCUUUGACCUUUUCCUUUGUAUUCCACACUGAUUCAUUCCUCUGAAUAAUGUUGACAGGGACACGGAGUGGAGGAGGCAAAGCUCAUGAAUGUGAUAUGAUCCGGAGGCUGAGCCUUAAACGCUCGUUCAGCUCAAAACAUUCAAAGAAAAGACGGCAAUUAUUUGAUUCAGAUCAAAUAAAAUCUGAAGAAAUUCUGCAGGAAUGUUGUUUUAGGUUGUUUUGUUUUAGGUUUUAGGAAAAACUGAUCCCAGACCUCACAGUGAAGAAACGGUUAAAUGAAAACCACGGAUUGAAAUUCGAUUUGAAACAGAAGCAGGGCAGGAUUUGGUUGUGACUCCGGAUCGACUCGAGUGUUUAAAGCAGAACAAACUCAUUGUUGUGUCUCAUUGUUGCUCGAUUCAAUUGGAAGAAUUAACAUUUCCAUACAAAACUCUUUUUUUCCAUAAUACUGUAUAAUGUUUUGUUUUUUUUGCGGGUCUGAGAAGGUGAAGGACACGACAUCAUGUUGAUUCUCGUGUUCUGGUGAAGCUGCAGAGAGGAAAGUAUGAAAAUUAAGGAAUUGAUGAAGUUUUAUUCAUUUUUUUUAUGAAUUCCAUAUUGUGUUGUACCUUUUUAACUCAGCGGUCCACGAGGUUUCCUCACAAUUACAUAUCCUGAAUUCAAAUAUCAACAUUAUUUUUGGUAUUUACCACGAGCUGAGUGUUAUUUGGACGUGCCAUGAAACAUUUGGCUCAUUUCAGAUGAAGGUGUUGUCAUUCAUGCUGUGAAGCGACUGAAGACCGCCCGACAGGUGUUCCUUCCUGCAGGUCCGAUAAACGCGGCGUUGCCUCCUUCCUGCGAAGUAUUAAGAAGUAAACUCUAAAUCCUGUUGUCCACCGGGAGCUCCUGCUGUCAUUUCCUUCUGCCUCGCUAUCUAAAGCAUGUUCAACAAUCCACGUAAAACGCAGACCUUAGUAACUACAGCAAAUCCUGACAGAAGGUACAAUCAGCACAAACAAACUGAAGAGAAGCGCAGACGCAGAACCUGGGACUAAAUGGCAAAAAAGGAAGUUCUUAAAGCAGUGGCUUGUGUUUAACUGUGAACAAUAAAGAUCGUCUUCAAUGUUUUGCACUACA